AUGUCGAGGAGGACGGUGUUGAGCGCCGUCACCACUGGCAAUGGCGCAUUCGAGGCCGUCGGCCGGAGGAUACCACAGCAUGCAUCACGAAGCUUCACCUCGACAGCCCAGAGGAAUGCAACAAAAAUCACACACUUCACGCCGACCUCGUCCGCCGAGCUCGACUCGGCCCUCUCCACCAUCCGCGAGAAGAUCCUCCUCCCCUCCUACCUGACCCUCGCCCAGCGCAAGAAGAUCAUCAGCUCCAAAUGGGCCAAGAAGCUGCAGGUCGACCCCAUCACUAUCGAGAUCGACGGCGAGCUCUCCAAGUUCCGCUACAUGAACCCCUUCUCCGGCGACAUCCCCAACACCCGGAAAUCCGUCGUCGCCGCCGUCGAGAAGUUCGACGGCGCCAGCGAUGACGACUUCGCAAACCUGAGGCCCUUGCUCGAGGGCGUUCACGCCACCGGCCGCCGCCUGAGCGACGACUUCUACGCCAAGAUCCUGCGCAUCGUCGGCCUGAAGGGCCGUGUCUACGAGCUGGUCGAGCUGGCCAGGGGCAGCAAGAAGACUGGCUUCAGACUAGACACGAGCGAGAAGGUCAACGAGCUGCUGCACUUCUGCCAGCUCAGGGCCCUCGAGGCUGAGUGGAGCAGGCCCGAGACGCAGAAGGCACUGCGGUGGGCCGAGGAGGUUGUAGAGCUGCUGGAGGACGAGGCGCAUGCACCGAAGACGGCGCAGAUCGAGGGUGACUUGCCCCUGAACCGGGACCCCCAGGUUCUCCUGGCCCCCCUUCACCUGGCUGCGGCUUUGGUGGUCAAGGCUGGAGUGCAGGAGGAGAGGCUGGUCGCCAAGGUCAACAGGCUCUCCAGCACCAUCGUCAAGUUAUGGCCUGCCGGUCACGGCUUGAAGAAGCUGCACCAGCUAGAGCGCUAUGUGGAAGACAUGGACUACCUUCUGGACGCCAACAAGUUCGUGGCACUGGCGACUCCCUUGUUGCAUGGGCUGGAGCUGGCGUCGCAGGCCGUGUCGGAACCCGCACUGGCCGCAGAGUUGCAAUCGCGGUCCCGGACCCUGAAGAGUGAAAUCGAGAGCGCCAUCAGCGAGGCUGCCAAGAAAUCAAAGAACGGAAGAGGCGAGGUUGUCUAUCAGAAGUUCUACGGAGGCGAGAGCUCAUAG